AUGGCGAUGAUGAUGCAUGACCCUACGAAUGUUGGUGAUGUCGAUCCUGAAGCCGAAGAUAGAGAUGAAUUUCACAUGGAAGAAAUGCUGAAUGAAUGGACCGACGAACCUCAAAUCCACCAUGAUGUUUAUCCGGAGAGCGACCGUGAAGAAAACGACGAAGACGAAGCAAGAUUUCAAACACAUCUCCAGCGUGGCGAUGGCCAUUUGUACGAGAAGCAAACAUUUUUCAGUGGUGUUGCUUUCAAAGAAGCCGUCGUCGAUUACGCUCUCCGAACUGGGUGCAAUCUGAAGCAGUAUAGGUACGAUUCUGAUAAAAUUGGAUUCAAAUGUGUGGGUUGUGAUGGUAAGGAAGAUGGAGUAAAGUGUUUUUGGCAAGUAUAUGCUGCGAUUCUGCCUUCAGAUUCAAUGUGGAGGAUUAGGAAGUUUAUAAAUAAGCAUAGUUGUAUUCCAAAUGGCGAGUGUGAGAUGUUUGAGAUGAUAAAUAAGCAUAGCUGUAUUCCACAAUCCAACACUACUUUGUUCAUAAACGAUUCUUAA